UUCGUUCGCUCAUCGGAUGAGACGCGCACUGUUCUGCCGCUUAAAUGCCAAACGUUAUUGUCGUCGUCGUCGUCGUCCUUGUCGGCAUUGUAUAAUUUAACUGCGUUUCGUUCAUAAAAUACACAAUUUCUAUACUUGAUGAAGAAACGGAUAGUUGUCUAUCACAUCUGCCGGAAAUCUAUAAUCGAUUUUCUUUAGGACGUUUCCGUAAUCAUCAUCAUCAUCAUCAUCAUCAUCAUCAUCAUCAUCAUCAUCUCUGUCGCCUCAUCGACGCAACCCGUUUUCGUAUGACGUCUUUGUCGCGCUAUUUGUGUUCGUUUUAUUGUACAACGGGAAACGUCAAAAUGUGUAUCUACUUCCAGAGAUUGAAUUAUACGAGAUCGUUAUUGAAUCCUCAUACCAAUCGGUAAAAUCAUCGAUUAAUAGUUUAGAUCUUUUUUCUUAUAUCAGCGUUCGUUGAAAUUCGUUGCGUGAGUCUAAUCCGAUCACUAUUACAAUCUCGAUCCCGACACCCCAUCACCCACACCCCCCCCUCCGACGGAUUUACUAACUCAAUUUCUUUGUAAAUUAGUAUCCUUUGAUCUUUUCGGACGGGUCAUAAAGCUUUUUCUCGGCCGUUUAGUUUUUGAUUAAUAGGACGGGGUGAAUGACCGUGGAAAUGAAACGCGAGCUUUAUUUAACGAUUAAUGAUUUGGACGUCGUCGAUGAUGGUCGUUGGAAAAGGGCAGAGUGUUCUUUAUCAUUGGCGAAAUCGCAGGAUUUUAGAGAUUAAGAAUCAAACGUGAUUAUUGAACAAUUUUUUGAAGAAAUCGGCUUUUUCGAAUAGUGUGCGUGCGUCCGUACGUACAUACGUGCAAUAAAAGAGAGAAGUGAGAAUGAUAGACACUGUUACAGAAUUGUACUAUCUUUUACGCGUGUCCAGAAUAAGAAGCGAUGGCCUCGUCUUUAGGCUACAUGCGCUAACAACGAUCUUGAUGCUCCUAUUUUCCGUAAUUAUUAGCAGCAAGCAAACUGUGGGAAAUCCAAUAGAGUGCGUACAUACGAGAGACAUUCCUGUAGAGGCCUUCAAUGCGUACUGUUGGAUACACAGUACGUAUAUCGUGAGCGGUGGUGGUGCUAUGCUUGGUGUCGCAGGGGCAAACGUUGCGUAUCCUGGUGUUGCCUCGUCUUUCGGCAUUUUACAAAGACGUUAUCAGAACGAGGAGGAUCAUCGUCAUGUCAACGAUCAAACAAAAAGAGUCAAGUAUUAUCAGUGGGUUGCUUUCGUGCUUAUCUUUCAGAAAAAGUAAAAAGGAUAGUUUUCAAACACGAUAUACAAAUGAUCAUCGUCUCGGCGUAAACGAACUGAUAUGGAUCUAUCUGAUUGACUUGUGUUUAAAAAAGAAAGGGGAAAAAAAAGAGAGAAAAAAAAAAAGAGA